AUGGGUUGCUUUCGUUGCGCGGGGAAAUCCAGCAAAAAAUCUAACAACAACGUUAACCGCACUCAGAAGCGCAUUGCUGCUGUUGUCAAAGUUGAUUUGAAUGAUAAUGGUAAAAGAGAAGAUAAUAAUCGUAAGCCUGAUCAGCUAUCUCUAGACGUGAAGAAAUUGAAUUUAAAAGAGGUUUCUGAUGAAGGAAAAGUUAAAAGUUACCGGGCACAAACAUUUAUUUUUGAUGAGCUUGCAGCUGCAUCAAGGAAUUUUAGGUCAGAUUGCUUUCUGGGUGAAGGAGGGUUUGGCAAGGUUUAUAAGGGGCGCAUAGAGAAAAUAAAUCAGUUUGUGGCAAUAAAGCAGCUAGACCCUUAUGGGAAUCAAGGAAUUAGGGAAUUUGUUGUUGAAGUAUUGACAUUGAGUUUGGCAAAGCACCCUAAUUUGGUCAAGUUAAUUGGGUUUUGUGCUGAGGGAGAGCAGAGACUAUUGGUUUAUGAGUACAUGCCAUUGGGAUCUCUGGAGAAGCAUUUGCAGGAUCUUCCCCGUACUAGAAAACCACUUGAUUGGAAUACAAGAAUGAAAAUUGCGGCUGGUGCAGCUAGAGGUUUAGAGUAUUUGCAUGAUAAAAUGAAGCCUCCUGUCAUAUACCGUGACUUGAAGUGCUCCAAUAUUUUGUUAGGUGAGGGCUAUCAUCCCAAGUUAUCUGAUUUUGGCUUGGCAAAGGUAGGACCAAGUGGAGAUAAGACCCACGUGUCAACAAGAGUCAUGGGAACAUAUGGGUAUUGUGCUCCAGAUUAUGCAAUGACGGGUCAAUUGACGUUCAAAUCUGAUAUCUAUAGCUUUGGAGUUGUUCUUUUGGAGAUCAUCACGGGGAGGAAGGCCAUUGACAAUAAGAAACCUGCUAAAGAACAAAGUCUAGUUGCAUGGGCAAGACCUUUGUUCAAAGACCGAAAAAGAUUCUGUGAGAUGGUUGACCCGUUGCUUCUAGGUCAGUAUCCAGUAAGAGGUUUGUACCAAGCUCUUGCUAUUGCUGCCAUGUGUGUUCAAGAGCAAGCUAAUAUGCGGCCUGUCAUAGCUGAUGUGGUUACAGCUCUAAAUUACCUCGAAUCCCAGAAGUACGAUCCCCAAAUUCAUUCAAUUCAAAGCUCUACAAAAGGUUCCACUUCUUCAAGACCAAGAAGCAAUAAUCAUAGAGAAACUGUUUGUAGUGGUUAUGAUCCCAGAGCGAGAGAAGUCGGUUAUAUACCAAUUGUUAAUAAUGGCAAUAGUAGUGGUUCUGAGACAGAAAGCUCUAUAAAAGGUCUAUCUUCUCCAAGAGUGAGAAGUGAUGAUGGUCAUAGACAUUUUGUUAGUAAUGGUUCCGAGACAGACAGUUCUGGAGAUUAG